GAUUCAAAAUUAUUGUAAAAAAAUGGUGAUUGUAGAUGGCUUUUAUUCUUUGAAAAAAAAACUCCCAGUUGAAGAGACAAUUAACUAUAGAAAGGAAAGUUUUCUUCUUCUUCUUCUUGAUUUGUAUUCUUUGAAAAAUGACUUUUAUUCUCAUCAUAUGUAAAAUCAGCAUAAGAGUGUUGCUUUUAAUGUAGUUCCUGUCUGAGUCUCAACUUCAGAAUAAUCAAACAAAUCCAUCUCACUUUCAUUCAAAAUAAUUGCCUUGUUUUCUCGUACCCUUCAUGUCCCUCUCAAACACAUUUGUUUGCCACUUCGUCUUCUUCACACCCAUCACUUGAAACGUCCCCAGCACAAUGCCUUUACUCUUGUAAACUCAUGUCAUGACCUUGACAGUGUCCUUGGGGUGCUCGGAACAACCCCAGAGGAUGCACCAAAUACAGUUAUGUGGAACUUGAUCAUGAGGUCCUAUGUUGAUUUGGGACUCUUCCAUUCAGUUUUGUCAGUGUACAAAAAGAUGAGGCAAAAGGGUGUUCCCCAUGAUACUUUCACAUUCCCGUUAUUGAACCGAGCCCUGUCUUCCAUGAGGGCUGAUGUUGUGUAUGGGAAAAUGAUCCACUGUGUGGCAACUAAAAUGGGUUUGGAUGGGGAUUUGUAUUUUUGCAAUACCAUGAUUGAUGUUUAUGUGAAAUGUGGGUGCAUUGCUUGUGCUCGCCUGGUGUUUGAUGAAAUUUCACUGAGAGAUGUGGUUUCUUGGACUUUGAUGAUUGCUGGUUAUGUUUCCCAGAGACUUGUUAGUGUGGCUUUUCAUCUGUUCAACAAGAUGAGGAUGGAAUUGGAACCAAACUCGGUCACACUUAUUGUGAUGUUGCAAGCACCUUGUGCUUCCAUAAAAUUAAGUGAGGGAACUCAAAUACAUGGGUAUGCACUGAAGAGUGGGUUGCUAAUUGAUUGGUCUGUGAAAAAUUCCCUUUUGAGAAUGUAUGGUAGUAAAGAGAGUACCAGCGAAGUGGAACUUUUAUUUGGUGAAGUAAGCAUGAAGGAUGUGGUUUCUUGGAAUAUUUUGAUUUCCUUUUACUCCUCAGAAGGAGACGCAACAAGAGUGGCAGGUUUGCUCAAAGCAAUGCAGAGCCUAGAAGUGCAUGUUUGGAACAUUGAAACUUUAACAUUAGUUACAUCGGCAUUUGCAAAGUCUGGUAGUCUUUCAGAGGGCGAAGGUGUGCAUUGCUUAGUCAUUAAAACUGGGUUUUGUGAUGAUGUUUGGCUGACAUCCCUGCUUGACUUUUAUGCCAAGUGUGGGAAAUUGGAAAGUUCAGUUCUACUUUUUAGUGAAAUCCAUUCUAAAAGUAAGAUCACUUGGUGUGCUAUGAUGUCAGGUUUCAUUCAGAAUGGCUCUUUUAUGGAGGCCAUAGUUUUAUUCCAACGAAUGCAAUCUGAAGAUUUUAAUGUUGUUCCUGAAAUUUGGAGAAAUCUUCUGGAUGCAUAUGCAAACCUGGGAGCUUUAAAAUUGGGCAAAGUGGUCCAUGGUUACCUUAUAAAGAACUUGUUUAAUGGGGCAAUAGAAAAUUCAGUACACCUUGAGACCUCUAUUUUAAACAUGUACUUAAGAGGUGGUAGCAUGUCUUCUGCUAAAACAUGUUUUGAUAUGAUGUCUGUCAAAGAUGUAGUAGCAUGGACAACAAUGAUUGACGGACUUGGCUCCCAUGGUUUUGGCUUUGACGCCUUGAAGUAUUUUAAUUUAAUGAUUGAGCAAAGAGUGCAGCCAAACUCAGUCACCUUUUUGAGCUUACUCUCCGCAUGCAGCCACUCUGGUCUUGUCAGUGAAGGCUGCAAUAUUUACCAUUCUAUGAAAUGGGGAUUUGGAAUUGAACCUACUUUGGAUCACCACACCUGCAUUGUGGAUCUUUUUGGUCGAUGUGGGAUGCUUAAAGAGGCCUUUGCCAUAAUAUUCAAAAUGGUAAUUCUACCUGAUAGCAAGAUCUGGAGUGCUCUUCUGGCAGCUUCCAGAGUUUAUGGAAAUAAAAAAUUCGGAGAAUAUGCAGCUCAAAGACUUUUGGAACUAGAACCUGACAAUGCUGGAUAUUAUACUCUGUUGAGUAAUGUAAAAGCAAGUGUUGGAAGAUGGGAGGAGGUUGAAAAACUGAGGAGAGACAUGAGAGAAAGGGAUCUCAAGAAGAAACCAGGGUGGAGCUGCAUUGAGGUAGCUGGGUCCAUCCGCGGAUUUGUUUCUGGUGAUAAAUCACACCCUGAAGCAGAGGAGAUUUAUGAGGCAUUGGGUAGACUGAGUAUAGUGACACAGGAUUUAGGGUAUCCUUUGGUUUCCAUUGCCACCUUUUUAAAACCUUCAACCUUUUCAAUCUCUCCUAGUGGAUUCAGAAGCAUGUUUCUGUCGAAACAUGUCUUGUCUUCCACACACAAAGCCUUAUUCCAAAACUUGCGCCUUUUUUCUUUGCCUUCAAACUCGCACCACGAUCUCAGCACUCAUAGCCGUGACACACAACUACGAGAGGCCCUUCUACAAAUGGCCCUUCGUGGCCAUGACAUGAACUUCCAAGACUACAACACGCUCUUAAACGAGUGUGUGAGCAAAAGGGCAUUUAGAGAAGGGCAGAGAGUGCAUGCCCACAUGAUCACAACUAACUAUCUUCCCUGUGUGUUCCUCUGGACAAGGCUAAUCGUAUUCUAUGUCAAGUGCGACUCUUUGACAAAUGCUCGGAACCUGUUUGAUAUAAUGCGGGAGCGGAAUGUGGUGUCGUGGACGGCUAUGAUCUCGGCUUAUUCUCAGAGAGGGUAUGCUUCUCAAGCCUUGAGCCUUUUUGUCCAGAUGCUAAGAACAGAUACAGAACCUAAUGAGUUCACUUUUGCUACCGUGCUUACUUCCUGUAUAGGUUCUUUGGGUUUUGUGUUAGGGAGGCAAAUCCACUCUCUUAUCGUAAAAUUAAAUUACGAAGCACAUGUUUAUGUUGGAAGCUCGCUCCUUGAUAUGUAUGCCAAAUAUGGUAAAAUUCAUGAAGCUCGAGGCAUAUUUCAAUGCUUGCCUGAACGAGAUGUAGUUUCUUGUACUGCCAUUAUCUCCGGAUAUGCUCAACUGGGUCUGGAUCAAGAGGCGUUAGAACUAUUUCGCCAGUUGCAAGAUGAAGGAAUGCAAUCAAACUAUGUUACUUAUACUAGUGUUUUAACUGCACUUUCCGGGCUUGCUGCUCUAGAUCAUGGCAAGCAAGUGCACAAUCAUCUUCUUCGGUCUGAAGUUCCCUCGUUUGUGGUUCUUCAAAACUCUUUGAUUGACAUGUACUCAAAAUGUGGAAACCUCACUUACGCAAGAAGGAUAUUUGAUACCAUGCAUGAGAGAACAGUUAUCUCUUGGAAUGCAAUGCUAGUUGGGUAUAGCAAACAUGGAGAGGGAAGAGAAGUACUCGAGCUUUUCGAUUUAAUGAGAGAUGAAAACAAAGUCAAACCUGACAGUGUCACAGUUUUGGCUGUGUUAUCUGGUUGCAGUCAUGCAGGACUGGAAGAUAAGGGAAUGGAUAUUUUUUAUGAUAUGACCAGUGGGAAAAUUGGUGUUGAGCCAGACACCAAGCACUACGGGUGUGUUGUUGAUUUGCUUGGUCGUGCUGGGCGAAUAGAAGAAGCUUUAGAGUUCAUCAGAAAGUUGCCUUUCGAACCAUCAGCUGCUAUAUGGGGUUGCCUUUUAGGUGCUUGCAAUGUUCACUUAAAUGUUGACAUUGGUAAAAUUGUGGGUCACCGGCUUCUAGAAAUUGAGCCUGAAAAUGCUGGCAAUUAUGUUAUUCUGUCUAAUCUGUAUGCUUCAGCAGGAAGAUGGGAAGAAGUAGGAUCACUAAGGAACCUGAUGUUCAAGAAGACUGUAAGAAAAGAGCCUGGAAGAAGCUGGAUUGAGCUUGAUCAAAUACUUCACACGUUCCAUGCUAGUGAUUGUUCCCAUCCAAGAAGAAAAGAGUUAUCUGCAAAAGUGCAGGAGUUAUCAGUGAGGUUUAAAGAAGCGGGCUAUGUUCCUGAUUUGAGUUGUGUUUUACAUGAUGUGGAUGAAGAGCAGAAGGAGAAGAUACUCCUAAAUCACAGUGAAAAGUUGGCUUUGUGUUUUGGUCUAAUUUCUACUCCUGAAAGUGUGACAAUCCGUGUAAUAAAAAACCUUCGUAUUUGCGUUGAUUGCCAUAAUUUUGCCAAGUAUAUCUCAAAGAUUUACGGAAGAGAAGUAUCUUUGAGGGAUAAAAACCGGUUUCAUCGAAUUGUUGGAGGAAAAUGUUCCUGUGGAGAUUACUGGUGAGAAGAUUUUGAUAGAGUAACCAAUGAACCUCUAAGGUUGAACUUCAACCUUUAAUCUGUUUUGAUGCUGAAAUUGGCUCAAAAUUUAAAUGCAAUUCCAUCAAGAAAAUGGAGAACAAAAGGAGAUUGGUGUUGAAUAUUGUUUGGAUUGAAUAACUUACGAGUAGGAUGUAAUUUUAAGAGGAAUCAACACGGUAUACGUUAAAAUGCUUCAAUGAUGUGAAGGUUCUACCAGAGUUAAUCCCUACAAUAUAUUCUUGUAGCAAUUUUGUAUCAAAACUAAGUUGAUAAUAUAUUAAUCAAGUAUUAUU